AUGCUUACCAAAUUUGACGUUCGAUCCUGUCGGGUGAAGGGGAUCAGCUUCCACAAGUCGCGGCCAUGGGUCCUCUGCGGCCUUCAUAACGGAACGGUGCAGAUUUGGGACUACCGCACGAACACAUCGAUUGACACGUACACGGAACAUAGUGGCUCCGUCCGUGGCGUCGAUUUCCACAUUUCUCAGCCUUUGUUCGUUUCUGGAGCCGAUGAUUAUCUGAUAAAGGUGUGGAAUUACAAGCUGCGCCGCUGUCUCUUUACAUUAAGGGGGCACAUGGACUACAUCCGCGUGACAUUUUUUCAUCACGAACAGCCCUGGAUACUCUCAUGCUCUGAUGACUUUACCGUCCGGAUUUGGAAUUGGCAGAGCCGCAGCAGUGUCGCGUGUCUUCCUGGACACAACCACUACGUUAUGUGCGCCCAAUUUCACCCACGGGAAGAUUUGGUGGUAUCAGCGAGUCUGGAUAGGACUAUCCGCGUCUGGGACAUAUCGUCGCUUCGACUUCGCAAGCAGGAGGUUGGUAUUGCCCAAGACCUGCUUGGCACGACUGACGUGACUCUCAAGUAUUUGCUGGAGGGGCAUGAGAAGGGAGUUAAUUGGGUCUGUUUCCAUCCCACCAAGCCGUAUAUCGCUUCAGCAGCGGAUGAUCGAACUGUGCGUGUUUGGCGCAUGAUGGAGUCUUCUUGUCACGAGGAGUUGCAGCUGCGAGGUCACACGAAUAAUGUAUGCUGCGUGACUUACAUGAAGGAUUUUCUCAUUUCGGAUUCUGAAGAUCGUACCAUUCGUGUUUGGGACGUGAAGUCGCGCAACCCAAUCAUGGUGUUCGC